ACCACAGAAUGACCAAUUUUGCGAAAAUCAAUGUUAUUAACUUAACUAAUGGAUGGCUAACGCAUUAAAAUUGUAAACAAGUGUUGUAUUAAUUGAUAAUUAUUUUAUUAAUGGCCAUUUUCGUCUGACGGUUGCCGUUGGCACUCCUGGCGAAGCUUCCACUUGUGAUGGCGUUUGUCGUUUAAAACCGUAAACAAAAAUGCCGCAUUUAAUUAUACCCGUAAUUAAUUGUCUGUGAUAAACGGUGUGUUUUCAACCAAAUAGCACCAUUUUCCCGUGCAAGUGACAAUGGAAAGUGAAAAAUCCACCGAAAGCGAGUUAACCUCAACAAUGGGCAACCUGCUGUCAUCGAAUACCGACGAAAAAAGUGAGUCUUGUGAUUCAACCCCAACGUCUUCCACCGAUGCAUUUACAACCACUUCAACGUCACACAUUGCUGCUGACGAUCCAAUCAGUAGCACAUCCUCGGAUGCUUUGGAUUCGGGGAAACACCCGAGUAGUGCGAACCCAGUUAUUAAUUUAGUGAGGGAGAUGUCAGGGGGUGGUAACCCAUCGCCGAUUGCGUCCGAUAAGGACCUGCUCGAUAUGAAUAUUACGGAUACUUCUACGGAGAAAAUUACAGAAAAUGUUGAUGACAUUGUUCAGGAUUUGGAGAAUUUGUUAGGGGAGCCGACGACUUCGUUUGAUUUUACGAUUCGAAAGGAUCUGAGAGGGGCUAAUAAAGACAUUGCGAUGGAGCUUGAUGAGUUUUCAGCUGAACUUCAAAUGUUGCAAGAAAAAGCAGUUGAGCCCACUACGGUGGAAUCAAAAGAACCAUCUGAUUCGGUUACUCAAUCCGAUAUUGAUAAUAAGAUCAACGAUUCUGUCGAAGUUAGUACAGAAAAUGAUUUAUCUGAAUUGACACCGCACAUAUCAUCAACGGAUCCAAAAAUUGAUGCAAAUGAAAGUACGUCAAUUCUUAACGAAGAAAAGCUUGGUAGUUUAGGUAUUGAACAAAAUGUACCACAGCUUGACAAUGAACCGAAAAGCGUGGAAGAAAAUAAAAAUAAUGAUAAUAUUUCUUCAAAAUGUGAUAAAGAACCAGAAGACGAAAAGCAAGAAUGUUUAGAUAUCGAGCAAAUGGUUCCACAAAGUGGAAGUGAAGAAGUUGAAAAACAAGUGAUCGAAGAAGAAAAACAACAAAGUUUAGAUAUUGAGCAAAGGGUUUCACAGAUUGACAGUGAUCCACAAAGUGUGGAAAUAAUUGAAAAUAAAGAAUCUGCUGAAGAAGUUGAAGAAAAAGAGUUGAAAGAAGAAAAACAAGAAAGUUUGGAAGUUGAGCAAAUGGUUCCACAGCUUUACAACGAACCACAAUGUGUGGAAGAAGAUGUUUCUUCCAAAUCCCGUGAACAGGCUGAAAAAAAAAGGAUGAUAGAAGGUGGAGAUAGUAUCGUCAACAUUUCUAUUGCAUCACUAGCAAAAAUUGAAGAGAAUAAAGAGACUGAAUCAGAUCAAGUUGAUCAAAUGACUGUUGUAUCUGAAAAGUUGGAUGAAAAAACUAUGGAAAUUGGACGCGAGGUCUUCAAAACUGCUGAAGAUUUAAAAGAAAAAAGAGAAGGCAUCAAAACUAUUGAAGAAGAGAAAAAUAUGGAAAUUAGAUGCGAGGACUCUAAAACUGUCGAAGAUCGAGAAGUUUAUAACGAAGGUAUCAAAGCUAUUGAAGAAGAUAAAAGUAUGGAAAUUGGAAGUGAGGAUUUGAAAACUGUUGCAGAUACAGAAGUUAAUUGUCCAGAAGAAAAUGUUGAAGGGAUCAAAACUAUUGAAGGACUUAAAAUUAUGGAAAUUGGGAACCGUGAUUUGAGGACUGUUGAUGAUUCAGAAGUUAAUAGUUCAGAAGAAAAAAGUGAAGACAUCAAAACUAAUGAUGAAGAAAAAAAUAUGGAAAUUGGACGUGUUGAAAACAUGUUCAAAGGUAUUGAAGAUUCAGAAGUUAAUACUUCACAAGAAAAAAGUAUGGAAAUUAUUAGUGAAGAACAAAUUGGAAGCAAGGACUUGGAAACUGGUGAAGCUUCAGAAGCUAUUAGCCCAGACGAAAAAAGUGUGGAAACUAUUGGUAAACGUAUCAUAACUGUUGGAGAAGAAAAAAGUAUGGAAAUUAUUGGUGAAGGCAUUAAAACUAAAGAAAUUGGAAGCAAGGACUUGAAAACGAUUGAAGAUUCAGAAGUUAAUAGCCCAAAAGAAAAAAGUUUGGAAACUAUUGGUAAAGCCAUCGAAAGUGUUAAAGAAGAAAAAAAUAUGGAAAUUAGAAGCGAGGACUUUAAAACUGUUGCUUCAGAAGUUAACAGUCCAAAAGAAAAAAGUAUGAAUAUUGUUGAUGAAGUCAUCAAUACUGUUGAAGAUUCAGAAGAUAAUAAUCCAGAAGUUGAGUUUGUUGCUGUUGCUGGAGGUGAAUCGAAUGAACGUACAGAUGAAAAAAAUGUUGAAGACGAAACGGAAGAAACAGAUCUUGCACCAAUUGAUUUUAUACCUGAACCAAAAGUAAUGCAAGCUGAAGAGGAACCUCAUCUUCCAACUUCAUCUGUUUCUGAUCUCAACGUAUUAGACAAAUCGAAUGUUUUACCAACAGCUGAAGAAAUUUUUGCCGAACAAGAUGAAAAUUUGGAGACAUUAUUGGCUGUUGCAAGUUUAGGAAAUGUUGAUUAUAAUAUGCCACCUGAAGAGUUUGUUCCGGAAGCAUCACCUGAACUAACCCCGUUUGCUUCCAAAGAACUAGAUGAACGAAUCGAGUCUUUAUUUAUUGAGAAAGGUUUAUCAAAAGAGCAACAAGGCGACAAACUUAAGGAGCCUCUAGUAAUUAAUGUGGACGAUACGGAAAAACAUCGAGUCUAUAGUCCGAAAAUUACAAUCAAGGCUAUCAAAUCUCCUGAGGAGACGGAAGAAGGGAGUAAAGGAUCACUAAAAAUGACAAUUACCAAACAGUCUGAUAACACACAUUCGAUUCUUAAGAUAUAUAAUCCAGAGGAGGAAUCACAAAAUCAGGACGAACCAACAAUUCCGAAACUUAUAAUAAAACCUAUUGUCCAACCGAACGAACAACCUCAAAGUCCUAAAACUUCUAAAUCUUCUAAACAAGUGUUUAGUCCUAGUCAGAGAUCGUCAAGUCCAAGGAUUACAAUUAAACCAAUUCCUGAACCUUUGGCUCCAUUAAAAAUUACAAUAAAACCAGUUGAAAGGCAAAAACACAGUCCGAAACUAACAAUUAAACCAAUCGUUGAACCGGUGCCAAAAGUGACAAUAAAACCCGUCUUAAAACCACAAGAAAAGGACGAACAAAUUGAAAAAUCCAGUCCAAAAAUUACAAUUAAGCCAAUUGUGAAACCGCAAGAAUUGGAAACAACUGAUGAAGAUGAUUCGGUUAAGGAACGAAUUGUUUUGAAAAUAAACAAGGGUACAAUACCUGGUAGUAGCAAGGAGGAAAAAUUAACUAAAAUCAAGUUAAAAUUUUCCAAAGAAGGGGGUCACCCGCAUAUCGUCCAAGACGAUGAAUCUCCCUCUAAAAGACAAAGAAUCGACAGUGAAAUGUUGCCGGGUGUUACUAUAACUCCGAUCACAUCGCAACAUUCAAAAUUGAAAGAGAUGUUGAGUCGUGGUGUCGAUAAAGUUGUGACGAUUGACGAUGACGAUGAUGAUGUUGCGAUUGUUGAAGAAACGCGGAAACCGUCACCGAUUGUGAUUAGUGAGGAAUCGAAUCAGGAUAGUAACAAUGCUAUGCGGGAUCCAAUGGCUGAUAUUCCCAUUUUUGAGAUUACGCCAGGAAGUGUGAAAACGAUGAAUCCGCAACCGGUUGUGGAGGAGAUUGUGACGGUGCCCACGCCGAGGAAAAGGGGAAGGCCGCGAAAGGUUCCGUUGCAAGUUCGGGAAGACUUUAAGGAUCCAAAAGAAGAUGAACCACCUAAAGUUGUGGUCGAGUCAACUCGUCCCAAACGAAGUUGUCGAGGACAGUCAGUGAGAACAACACUUGGUAUUAAACCCCGAAAACCAAGGGGUCCUGGAAGGGGCAGGGGCAGUAAACGAGGAAUGGGCACAAGAAGUACCCCAACACCUCCCGAAAUGUCACCGAAAGGCUCAAAGGAACCGAAAUUGGCCAGUGCUAAAGAAGAUUUGUUACUGUUGAGUGAUAAAACUGAAGUCAAACACAUCGAAAUCGAUGAGGGAUUUCACAAAUCACCAACUCAGUCACUCUUAGCACCACCACAAGAUACUUCUUCCUCCACUUCGGAUAGGGCUGAUAUUGUGAUGUAUGAAGAAGAGACGCGCAUGAGUGCAGAAACGAGUAGCAGAGCUCAAACGCCAGCCAAACAGGUCGUCACAUCAAUUCCAAGCGUCGACCUCAUCGAGGAAUCUCAAAGCUCAGUCCAAAGCACAGCCACCACAGAAAGUGUCAAAGUACGCAAAGGUCCACGUUUAGAAGUUCACCAAGAACCUGAAGGUGCAGUCAUUUCAGCCGAUCAACUUGCUGAAUACUAUUGGAGUGGUGGAGGUCCUUAUAUGCUUCAAGAACAAGUCGCUCAAUUUUUGGGCAUCAAAUCAUUCAAACGAAAAUAUCCCAACAUUCAGCGAAGAGUUGUUGAUAUGCAAGAGAGAGAUUUUAUUCGCGAAAGUGGACUAGCUAGCGAAGCUAUGUGCGAUCUUGGUUUGACAGCUGUCAAUACGGCCGAUAUUUUGGAUAUUAUGUAUUCAGACUUUCAAGAUAAAUACGAAGAAUACUGCAAACAUCAGCGCGAUAGGCAGGCUAAGGAUUUGACCAAUAAGCAAAAAGCUUUGAGUUUGGCGGCAAUGCAGGAGAAGACCAAGAUGGAUAUCACGCAGCAGGCGGUGCAAUCGGCGGCGAGUUGGAAUUCUACUUUUAAUAAGACGCGACGAGAACAGAGAAAGGCUUGUAUGGAUUUGCAAACCUUAACUGUUCACUUUCCAAAAGGCAAAAUGAAGCAAAUCAACAAACCCAAAAUCGGGCAUUAUCCAGUAGCCUUAGUUCCAGGACAAUUUACAGACUAUUACAGGGAAUUUACACCAACUGAAAUAAAUAAUUUACCGCUGAAUACAAUGUGCUACAAUACUUUGAUACGAGGACGACAUCAUGAAAUGGAAUGUGAUAGUCAAACUGACGGUUCAGGUUCUGAGUCGGACACAAGCACUUCAGACUCCGAUAGUUCUUACAGUGGUUCUUCAGAUGCAGAAGAUUGCACUCUUUGCAAACCAACACCGAAAAGACUAGCUGCUGCACUCUAAUGGCAUUUAAGUUUGUUUUAAACAUUUUUAUAGGACUAGUUUAUAGUUUUGUACAUAUUUUUUCUCUAAAAAACUAAAAAUAAAACUUAUGGUAAUUU